GGAGGGGGAACGGUUAGCGUCGGUGUUUCGCCGAUGGAAGGCUUAGCGUCGGGAACCUGUGAGGUUUGCGGCACGGUGACUGAGCAGCGGUGCGCGGCGUGCAUGGCUAGGUUCUACUGUAGCAAAGGUUGCCAGAAGCGGGACUGGAGAAACGCCCAUCGGGACAACUGCCGCCGCCACGUUAACACGGCGCUCACCGCCUCCCACGAUGUCCGACAUCAGCUCCAGCUGGACGACCUGUGUCGGGCCAUCAGGGGGCCCUUCAUGGUCUUCCAUGGGAGGGACGCCGAAACCUCAGCCCCUGUGGCGCAGGUAUGCAACACUCACUCAUCGUCCAUCGUCCGUGUGGUUUGCAAUGUGCACCUUUCUCUCCAGGUGUGCCACAAGGGGCAGGUCGUAUCGCUCAUUCGCUUUGUUGAGUCCGCCCGCUACAUCACGCCGGAGGACCGCCGGAUGUUCCACGUGCCGCUGUCGAGUGAGCAUGGGCUGGUGACGAGCAUCUCGGUGGCCGGCACAGGGGACGAGUACGCCCUCGUCAAGGCCCUGGCGCCCCUCCACAUCUGCCGAUUCGCCGCACCCGAUGUGCUGCCGACCCUCCAGCGGUCGGACGACAUCGAGCCAGACGCCAAGCACGCGCUGCCGGGCCCACACAUGUGCUUUGUGCCGGUGGAGGGGCUGGCGCAGAGGCAGCUCUCGUGCACCUUCGGGCUGGCACUGAGGGUGGGGGUGCAGUUCGCCCUGAUGUCGGCGACCUCCUUUCACGUCGUCCUGUGCACCGAGCCGGCCGAUGCGGUGGCGUCCAGGGCCGUGAUCGCCAUGCCUUACAUGCAGCAGAGGGAGCAGAGGGAGCUCCUGGCGGCGGGGGCGGAGGUGGUGUGGCUGCCGGUGCACCUGCCUACGGUGGUGCAGUACCCCAACAUCCUGCCCUCCCAGCGGCCAGGGGAGGUGCCGGUGAUCAAGACGCACCAGGAGAGGGUGGCGGGGGUCGCGGAUCGGGCAUUGGCCCUCGGCAUCUCCCAGACGGGGCGUCGCGGGGCCCCCCGCCGCCGCCCGUAGUAAGUGUGCACAUAGUAAGGGGAAGGGCGGGGCGAGAAAGGUAACUGGGGGGAUGGCUGUAGGUGUGUCUGUUGGUUGGUCGGAGGGUUGGAGGGUUGGAUGUCGCGUCGCAGUAUGUGUGCUGGGGUCACGAAUGGGGCAGGCAGGAGAUGUUCAUCGCUAAGUGGCUCGUCCGAUCGACGAUUGCUUUUGCUUUGCCUGUUGAUAGUGUGAACCGAUCGGGCAUUCACUGGAAUGGCAGACGAACAAAGUUGUCUGUCUGCCACUGCGCGUUGAUGUUGCGUGAAGGUUGGUCGGAUGACGUCUGUCUGUCUGUCUGUCUGUGUUCCCUUGGUGCGUGAAGUUGGGUCGCGUGAUGUACAUAGUGGGGGGAGGGGUGCGUAGAGGUGGGCUCUCGUGCACGUUCUGGACACACAAGACUUCGCG